ACGAGCUCCCCUCCGCCGAAACAUCUACGUCAGAUUUCACUGGCACUUUCUGAUUCGUUUCUCCCACGUUGUCACAAGCACAGACGCGCAGUGAACCGUCACAUCCCUUUACCGACCGAGGCGGGCUCUCGGUAACCGAACCCUGUCGAACCGGGGCUGUUUGGUGUUGUUUUGGUCCGGGAUGGCGUUCAUGGAGCAGCAGCCGCAGCCGUUGUCCGGCAGGAAGCCGCCGCUGGACGACACCGUGCCGCUGAUCGCCGUGAUCGAGGCCAGCCAGAGUUUACAGUCACACACGGAGUACAUCAUUCGUGUACAGAGGGGCGUUUCCACAGAAAACAGCUGGACGGUCAUCCGCAGAUACAGCGAUUUUGACAUGCUGAAUAAUAGUUUACUGAUCUCCGGCCUCAACCUGCCACUUCCUCCUAAGAAGCUGUUAGGAAACAUGGACCGAGAGUUUAUAGCCGAGCGUCAGAAGGGUCUCCAGGCCUAUCUGAACUACAUCACACGUCACCACAUCCUCUCCAGCUGUGAGCUGGUCAAAAAGUUUCUCGACACUAACAAUUACUCCGUAACCUACACAGAAAUAGCCUUACAGCAGGUGUCCAUGUUCUUCAGAUCCGAUCCAAAAUGGGAAGUUAUUGAGCCGUUAAAAGACAUUGGCUGGCGAUUGAGAAAGAGGUACUUCCUAGUCAAAGACAAAGAUCAACCCAAAGACAAACAAGUAUUAAGUUGGGUGGAUUUGGGUCCAGAUAAGUUCCUGUCCGACAAAGACCUCCAGUCUGCAAUGAAGCUGCUUCCAACUCUGUCUCAUUCAAACAUCUCUCCCGUCAGUUUCGCUACAACCAGUGAAUCGUCUGCUCUAGUCAUUCGAGUUUUCAGCGAGAAAGGAACGCUUAGGGAUCACAUCUGCAAGGUGAAGCCCAAAGAGCCCUUUCUGAAGAAGUACUGCAAUCCCAAAAAGAUCCAGGGUUUGGAGCAGCAGCAGAUCCGAACCUACGGAAGACAGAUUCUGGAGGCACUAAAAUUUCUCCAUGACAAGGGUUUUCCGUAUGGGCAUCUUCAUGCGUCUAACGUCCUGAUCGAGGAGAACACGUGUAAAUUGUUGGAUAUAGAGAAUUCUUUACUGGGACUGCCGUCAUAUUACCGACCCUACGUAACACAGUUCAGGAAAAUUAAUACAACAGAAAGCAUAGACGUCUACUCGUUUGGACAUUUGCUUUAUGAAAUGACGUAUGGCCGCCCGCCUGACGCUGUGCCUGUGGAUCAGUAUCCUCCAGCUCCGUUCUCAUCCAUAGUGUCUGUACUUCAGUCCAUCCUGUCCACGGAGGCUUGCAAAACGGGAAUGCCAACCGUUUCCCAACUCCUACAAACACCGUUAUUCAAUGACAUGCUGCUGUUUAACUCCGAGAAACCCCAGUUUAAGAUAAGCUCCAAAUUAAAGGAGGCUCUAAAAUCGUCCAAGGAAUGCUUGGAGAAGUGCCUAGUGGAGGAACAGAGGACGAUUCACCAGCACAAGAGGCUGACGCGAGCGCAGUCGCACCACGGCUCCGAGGAAGAGAAGCGGAAAAGGAAGAUCUUGGCCAGAAAGAAAUCGAGACAGUCGACGUAUGAAAAUGAGGAGGAUCUUUCUGUCAAAUACAAUAACAACUCUGCAGGUUCUGGGGCGAGUUCACCUCCAACCUGCCCGUCCUCACCCACUCCUUUACCUGGAUCAGGAGCACCUCCAGCACCUCCUCUUCCUCCCCCUGCUGCUCCUCCACCUCCUCCCGGGAACGAACCCGUCCCUUCGUCCCUCUCGCCUCCCGGUGGCAACGGCGCGGGAAGGAGCGCCCUCCUCAGCUCCAUCCAGUCCUUCAAUAAAGUCAAACUGAAAAAAUCAGAGACUGUUGACUGCAGCGGCCCACGUUUGUGAAAAAAAAAAACACACGCUCGUCUUUUAGUGCAAUUUGGCCACUCGAUGUCUUUUAGCAACACUUGUGUCUAGCAGUGAAAAGUGACUGUUUGUACCUGAACUGAUUCAGUGUUUGUUUUGUUCGUUUGUUUUAUUCACAGCCCUGCGUUUUUUGUUUUGUUUUAAGCUGCUCGAUGUAACCUAAAC